AUGUGUGGGUACUAUGGUGUUGAGCUCACUGAAGCCAUUGCGGCUGAAUUUGGUGCCCAAUUGGCGGCCCAACUGGGGUACCGCAAGCUAAUUAUUGAGGUGGAUAGCUUAACCUUGGUGGAGAAGUUUGCUAAGGCAGCUGAGGUUGAUAAUGAAGUGGGCUUAAUUUGCAUAAACUUGUCGAAGUAUCUCCGGGAUACUGGGUCUGAGAAUGAUCGUAUUAGCCAUGUUAAAAGAAUGGCUAAUAAUUCGGCUCACAUUAUGGCCCAUAGCAAGACGAACUGGGAGAGUAGAGAGGUGUGGAUUGACAGGCCGCCGAUUUUCCUUGUUGACCAGCUGGUGCUGGAUAAUGUAACCCCGAUUUUACCUUAA